AUGGACUUCACACGUUUCAUGAACGAUGCCGCCGCGCUCGAAAAGACGCUGCGCCUGCUGCAGGGGCUUGCGCAGCUAGCGGCAAGCGUGCUCGCCGCGGACCACCACCUCGUGCUCGUGGCCGGCGCGCUGCGCAAGCACUUUGCCCUGGGUCGCCGCUACUUCCGCUAUUUCAAGUGGCUCGACUGCGCGCUUGCGGCGGCGGACGCGAUGCCUGGCCGAGGGAGCGAGAGUGAGGUUGGUGGGAAAGAGGGCGUCGAAACGCUUUUGAUUGCGGCGAGGGCGUCGUUUCUCGGCAUGUAUUUGCUGCUCGAGGCGUGCACUAUUCUCCAUGUCAUGGGCGUUCAUAAGUCCUCUUGGGCACCGACUUUCCAUGUCGAGGGCAUGCGCUUCUGGUUCUACUCGCUCUGCUGCUCCAUCGUCCUCUCUGUCCACGAGCUCCACACGAGCUCCAAAGCAAGCACCAACGCCACAUGCAACGGCACCACGACCAUCACCGCCGCCGCCGCCCCUCCAAAGAAAAAGACCAAGACCAAAUCCCACAACAAAGCAACCCAGGAGCCCAAACCCUCACCCACCACCACCGCCGCAGCCGCACCCCCCUCCCACCUCACACAAGCCCACCUCCGCGCCCGGCACACCCACGCCCUCCGCACCCUCCUAAUCAGCGCCCUCGACCUCCUCACCCCCGGCGCCAUCGUCGGCUGGAUCCCAGCUGCACCCUCCGUCGUCGCAGCCACCAGCAUCGCCAGCUCCUUCCUCGGCGCCCAGGACAUCUGGCGCAGAGUCAAUGCCGCUAAUUCGGCGGGCGCGGGGUAG